ACCCAGACACACGCACACCCAGACACACCCAGACACACACACACCCAGACACACACGCGCACGAGGCAUUCCGAGUCACGCCCGCUCUAGUUACACGUGUACAAGCGGCGAUGACGCGCGCCCACGCGACCUGGUGAUGAUGAUGCCCCACGCAGCGCCACUCCGCUGUGCGCACUCCCAUCACUCCGUCCAUCGCAGUCAGGGUUAAGGCGACGACGGAUAACCGCGGGGGCGCCCCCUCUCGCCCGUUCCCACUCGCCCUCCUCCGUCCCGUCUCGGGUAGGGACGCGAACCGUCGGCCCUCGCCCGUGGGAUCACAGCGCAGCCGCGAUGGGCGCCGCCGCGUGGAUCCUCGUGCUGGUUCUUGGAGUCUGGCUGCACCCCUUCGCAGGCGCAGCAGGCACAACUAGCGCCCAAAUUUCACUGGCGACAUCAACAAUUGCGGUGUCAACCAGCAGAGUGGCAACAACAACACCAGCCGUGGCGAUUCCCGUCACCACCACCACCGCCGCUGCCGGCACCACCACCACCAACGCCACCACCACCGCCACCACUACCGCUGUCCCGACUUCCGCUGUCCCCACUUCGGCCACGUCCCCAGGUGCUUCGACAACAACAAUAACAACCACUGCACUUCCUUCCCCUACACCAUCCACUUCAGCCACAUCCACCACUACACCUUCAAUUGCGUCCACCACUACACUUUCAAAUGCGUCCACCACUACAACUUCAAUUGCAUCCAACACUACAACUUUAAAUGCAUCCACCACCACACUUUCAAAUGCAUCCACCACCACACCUUCAAAUGCAUCCACCGCCAUACCUUCAAAUGCAUCCACCACCACACCUUCAAAUGCAUCCACCACCACACCUUCAAAUGCAUCCACCACCACACCUUCAAAUGCAUCCACCACCACACCUUCAAAUGCAUCCACCACCACACCUUCAAAUGCAUCCACAACCACACCUUCAAAUGCAUCCACAUCUCCAAAUUCGACUGCGUCUUCAAAUUCUACUGCAGCAUCGACGUCGAUGGCACCGACCCCAGCAUCAGGGAGCGAGCCGUCGGCCACCAGCACCACGGCCAACCAGACCACAGUGAACGGCACGGGAGAAGCGGGUGCCACCGUGGAUGACCGGGGCGGCUCCUUCCCGCCCGUGGCGACGGCACUCAUCGUGCUGCUGUCUCUCGCCGUGAUCGCCGCUCUCGGCUUCAUCGCCUAUCGCCACCUAGGCCCGCAGAAGGGGCCCGAGUUUGAGCGGCUCACGGACCUGCCCAUGAACACCCUCAAGGAGGAGUCGCCGUUUGCUCGCUACGGGAAAUGAGCGGCUGGAACCCCUCUCUCGCAAGCUACACUCAAGUGUCGCCCUCCGCAAUUGCGUCACCCACACAAUCGCGUCACCCACACAAUCGCGUCACCCACACAAUCGCGUCACCCAGACAAUCGCGUCACCCACACAAUCGCGUCACCCACACAAUCGCGUCACCCACACAAUCGCGUCACCCACACAAUCGCGUCACCCACACAAUCGCGUCACCCACAAAAUCGCGUCACCUACACAAUCGCGUUACCUCCACGUCCACGUCAACCAAAGCCAUGGCCGAACAAAUUUAAACACAAGCAUCCCAAGCGUAAGAUCUGGGCAUGGACGUUGAAUUCCUCAAUACUUAACUUGCGUUGCCAAAUUCAAAAGUUUGCGAAUACUACACGCGCCUGAAUGUAUGUAUAUAUUGCGGAAAAUAGCACUCAUUGUGUACACUCCCACAUGGGAACUUUGUUAUCUGCUGGGGAUUUCUGGGUCAAGAGGAACUUUAUCAGACGUUACCUUUCAGCUUUUCCUUUCUUUUAGGAUCGAGGGCGUUGGGGGUCGUGGGUUACGGUGGCAAUGUCACCUCUCGGGGCCUCGGGAUGGUGGUGAGGGCUCAUGCUUCACACACGCCGGUAGAGGAUGGUACAGAUUGCGCUCAUUGUCAAAUUAAACGAGCUCUUUGCCCUGCUCGCCAAGGGGAUCUAUCCUGCGGGGUGUUGCGUGUUUCACUGGGGUGCCUGCAGGACAGUGGAUACAAGUGGGAAUACUCCUUCAGCCGAUGGCCACGAUGCCAGCCGAACGUGACGGGCACUUAAAAAAUAAAAACAGAGCCGUCAUCCGGGAUAAUCGUGGGGAAACCUUGCCCUGGAUAAAGGACUCGUUCAAACGAGCGUCAACGAGUCAGAGUUGCCUUUAUCGAGUGGUGUACCUGUCAAGGUGGGUUUCUAUGUAAAGUUUGACUUUUCCAUCAGAUGAAUUACAAACACAUCCUAA